GGACGAUUCCGAUAGCGAUCAAACAAUCAUCUCAACCUCGGCACCACCAAGCCCCCCGAUGGCUCUUCCAAAGCGGAUCAUCAAGGAGACGGAGCGGUUGAUGGCGGAGCCGGUACAAGGCAUCUCUGCGAUUCCCCACGAGGAGAAUCUCCGCCACUUCGACGUCGUGAUCUUCGGCCCCUCUCAGAGCCCGUACGAGGGCGGCGUCUUCAAGGCAGAGCUCUUCCUCCCCGAAGACUAUCCCAUGGCUCCGCCAAAGGUCCGGUUCCUCACCAAGAUCUACCACCCCAACAUCGAUCGUCUGGGCCGCAUCUGCCUGGACGUCCUUAAGAGCAACUGGUCUCCAGCCUUGCAAAUCCGCACGAUUCUUCUCUCCAUCCAGGCCCUCCUUGGCGCGCCGAACCCGGACGACCCGCUCGCCAACGACGUCGCUCAGCAAUGGAAGGAGGAUCAGAACAAGGCCAUCGCCACGGCCAAGGAAUGGACCGAGAAGUACGCGAAGCCGUGAGACGUGGCACACGAUCACUCUCAAGAACUUAGGUCUCUUGCUUCGGCUUUUGAGCGAGCGACUGAACACUUCUUUGGAGGCCCCGACGGUUGAGGAUAAGGCGGUUCCCGAUGGAUAUAGACUUUGCAUAUCGGCUGAACGAUUGCACGGCUUUGAUGCCCCGGCUUAUGGAUGCUGGAGAACCUUUCUCCCGGCGAGAGUCUUCUAGCCAACGACUCAUGACAGACGAGCCAUGAAUGAAUAAUGAUAUCAAGAUUUCCCAAUCA